AUGAAACUAGAGGUUACGAACGACGACUGUGAACCGGGAUCCAACAACACGCGAGCCAUCUCGCAGGAGCCGUCACGUCGCCUCACUCGAACCACGGCAGUGGACAACAAAACUGUUCCCGAGCUCGCACACACAGAGCCUUUAAGGGACACCACAGCCUGUUCUCCGCUGGCAUUCACACACUCGCCAGACACUCGCCCUACCGCACUGGUGGAUGUGUCUUCAAGCAAUGGAAACAUAGGAACCUACCGUGCUCUCAUUGACCAAGGCUCUCAGGCCUCGUUUGUGUCAGAGGAUAUCGUUCAAACGUUACGUUUGAAACGAGAAAAAAUCAACGGCGUGGUCACUGGACUGAGUGGAGGUAAUCAGCUUAGCAUCAAACACAUGGUGGAAGUCAACCUUAGAUCGAAGGUUAAACCAACCUUCACAGUCCAUGUCAAGGCGUAUGUUCUACGUAAUAUUACAAACUAUUUGCCAACACAGCAAAUCACGAUGUUUAAUUGGCCUGAACUAGAUAACAAAACACUAGCAGAUCCUGAGUUUCAUAUACCGAAUAAAAUACAACUGCUGCUAGGCGCUGAAGUCUAUAGUAAGAUCAUAGAUGUCGGUUUGCUGAAGAGUCCGUCUGGGUCUAUAGUAGCACAAUCAACAUACCUGGGAUGGAUUCUAUCUGGUGAUACUAACGAUACAAAACCUGUAAAGGAAAAACAAACAAUUAGUUUACACAUCUCUGUAAGUGAUAAUGAACAACUAAAAAGGUUUUGGGAAAUUGAAAAUGAAGUACUUACCAAUGAACGUAAAAUGACUAAGGAAGAGCAGAUGUGUGAAGAGAUCUAUAAAAAAACGACGGUCAGAGUAGAAUCUGGUAGAUAUAAAGUACAUAUACCUUUUAAAGAAAAUAUAGAACCAGUAGAGAAAUGUGGAAAAACUAAGGAAAUAGCAACAUCUAGAUUUCUACAAUUAGAAAGAAAAUUUAAGUACAAUAUAAAAUUGAAACAAGAAUAUUGUAAGGUAAUUAAUGAAUAUUUAGCUCUGGGUCAUAUGGUAAAGGUAAAUGAAGAAAACAACAAUGCGAUAUAUUUACCCCAUCAUGCGAUCUUGAGAGAUGAUAAAGAUACAACAAAGCUACGAGUUGUUUUCGACGCUUCUGCAAAGGGAUCCAAAGGAUUUUCUCUAAAUGAUACGAUGUUAACUGGACCAGUAAUACAAAGAGAUUUACGCACUCUAAUUAUGGAGUGGAGAACAUAUAAAAUAGCUCUGGUUAGUGAUAUUGUGAAAAUGUACCGCCAAAUAUUAAUCGCAGAUAAACAGGCUGACUAUCAAAGAAUUGUUUGGAGAGAAAGCCCUCAUGAAGAUCUGUUAUCUUAUAAGUUAUUAACUGUUACCUUUGGCACAGCAUCAGCUCCGUUCUUGGCUGUUCGCACUCUUUUCCAAGUCGCUGAAGAUGAAGAGCAAAGAUUUCCUUUGGCUGCAUCAAUAGUAAAAAAAGCGUUUUAUAUGGACGACUUAAUGUGCGGCGCUAACGAUGUAUGUCAAGCUAUGGAAAUUUACAAACAAGUAAAUGACUUACUGAAAUGCGCUGGGUUUGAAUUGCAGAAGUGGUCGAGCAACUGUAAUGAAAUAUUAGAUAAUAUUACGCAGAGUAAGCCCAAAUUACAACCUUUUGAAAUUAAAUUUGAUAAAGUCAUUAAAAUACUGGGACUUUCAUGGGAUAGAAUAGAUGAUACGUUUAAAUUUUAUAUAAACUUACCUGACCUUAUAGAACCUAUAACAAAACGUACUAUUCUUUCCGAAGUGGCACGUCUAUUCGACCCUUUCGGAUGGUUAGCUCCAGUUAUAAUAAAGGCAAAAAUUAUUAUUCAAAGGUUAUGGCUCUGUACGUGCGGAUGGGACGAAGACGUUCCAAUUAAUCUGAAAGAGGAAUGGUUAGGUUAUAGACAACGACUACAAGAAUUGGAAAAAAUAAAAUUGGAGAGAUGGAUUUAUACUUACUCAGAAAUCAAGAGAGUUGAAUUACAUGGUUUCGCUGAUGCGUCCAUGGCUGCAUACGCUGCAGUUGUUUAUGUAAAGGUGUUCCAUAGGGAAAAUAUACAUGUAACUAUAUUGGAGAAAAAAAUUAGCCCGUUAAACAGAUGGAGACUAAUACAACGGAUGAUGACACACUUCUGGAGGCGAUGGUCCACGGAAUAUUUACAUACAUUGCAACAGCGUCACAAGUGGCAAAAUACAGCUGGUGAACCAGAUGUCGACGAUGUCGUCAUUUUGAAAGAUGAUUUACCGCCUUCGAAAUGGCUACUGGCUCGAGUCCAACACAAGCACGUUGGUCCUGACGGGCAUACUCAGUCCCCUUCAAAUCUGGAACAAAAUUGA